CUCGUGAUCGAUAAGCUCUCAUUGACUUGCCGAGGAGCCAAUCACAUUUACCUUAUCGUGCAUUACCACAAACUCGAAGUUUCUCAUACAAAAUGGAAGAAGAGGAUGAUUUGAAGCUUCAAUUGGAGCCGAUUCCGGAACCGGUAUCAGAUGCGGUGCCAGUAUCAGAGGUUGUGAUGUACAUGUCACCGUCAGAGACAGUAGUAGAGGAGGUUGAUCCUGCAGAGCUGGAGUUAAGAGAAUGGUUGAAGAAAAUCAAACCACGUAUUCCAGCCUUGGAAGUAAAUCCAAAGUUGCCAAAUAUCGACACCUCAGGGUACCCGUCAUCCUACAGAGAAAACUCUCGCAACGAAGAGAUCAUGUUGAGAUUUGCAGAAAACUUCAACCGACAAUAUUCCUACCUGUUCCCGGACAGAAAAAUUUUACUUCUCAGUCCGCUAAAUGAAUGUGGCAUCAAGAAAUUUGUGAGCACCACUAUUCGUCCAACACUGCUGACUUAUCAGGAGCUCUACGGGUGGUCUGGUUGUGCUCAGUUUGUUGCUGAUUAUUUUGUGAUGGAACCUUUAAUUCCUUACGUUGACGUGCCACAGUUCUUGUAUUCCCCAACCACCUUUUUAAGGCGUCAGAAGGGAAACUGCUUUGAUUUCAGCAUCAUGCUCUGCUCCUUACUGAUUGGCACAGGGCACGAUGCAUACUGUGUCAGCGGCUAUGCCAUCAAGGAGAUAUGUAUGAUGGACGAGUCAAAAGAAAUAUGUCCACUGCUACAGGAAAAGCCCGAAGUAAAGCAAAAAAUAAUUAAACCUCCUUCAAAGAAGUAUGCUGUGAAGCCACCCCGAGACCUGAGAAGCAGAUUUGAGUUGGGCCAGGAGGCUAAGAAGGUGGCAGACAUGAAGGCAGAGGAAGAAAAGAAGAAGCGAGAGCUGGCGGAGAAGUUGGCUGAAGAAGAAAGAAAAUCUCGCGAAAUGCUGCAUGGCUUGCGGAUACACAGCUGGGUCUUAGUGCUAGCAGGGAAGAGGGAGGUGCCUGAAAACUUCUUCAUUGAUCCUUUCACUGGGAACAGCUACAAAACUACCAAUGACCGAUUCCUGGGCAUUGAAAGUGUCUGGAACCAUAAGAAUUAUUGGGUGAACAUGCAGGACUGCAGAAAUGGCUGCAAGGACUUAACUUUUGAUCUUGGCGAUCCUGUGAAAUGGGAGUAUGUCCUUAUCGACCCUGACAUGACAACAUUGAACAUUCCUGAUUCUGAUGAAUUCCUCGUUCAAGACGAAGAUGAAGAAGAUGAGGAAAAAGAAGAGGAAAAGCCCUUUUACAUGCCACCAACAUGGGUACAGAAAGUGUACAUUUCACCUCAAGACGUUGAGAGACGCCACCCUGGUGGAAAGAAGACUAUUCUUUACAAGAACGCCAAGUUGGAAAAAUUUUCACAGUAUUUGAUGCCAGACGGGGUGGUGACAAGAUUGAUUGAAUACCAGGACGAUGAAUAUGAAGACCCCAAGAAAGUGAAAGAGUGGUUCAAGAACAGAGCUGAUUACGUGGAACUAAUUGAACGUGACUUGGUUACCGGAACCAUUACAGAGUACUUCAGACCAGGUCGCCACCUAGCAGUUAGAGAGCACGUUUACAAAAGUCGGGAGCCUGAGACUGAGAGGACAAUGGAGUUUUGCGACAUGGUUCGGUUCGACGGGUUGAUGAACAGAGUGGAAACUCCAAUGAUGAUGGUUGAGACAUUCAAAGACAGACCGGAUUUCCUGAUUUACCGAAAGGUCAUAUUUGGGAAGCGUCCAAAGAGAGUGGCUCUGCCAGGGGCUAUAACUUUGAAUAAUCGUCCCAUUGUGACUAUUGUGGAACGUUUUUCCAGAAACCGAAAGAAGCUGGCCAUUGAAGAUGUGGCUGAACAAAUGUUCUUGAUCUCUGAGGAGCAUAUCCAGCUCAGGUACCAUCGAGACGAUGACCGGAUCACAGCAGUGAAGCGAGAAUUUAUUGUGCCACCAAACUUUUUGGAAAAGGAAGACCUGGAUAUCAGUAUGAAACAAAUUACAGUUACCUUCGAGGUUGAUCCACUGAAGAAGCCAAGUAAGAACGUGGUGUUGUACCAAAUGCUGGUUGAGCUGCUGAAAACUCAAGCCAAAUCCAUGCAAAGCGUCCGAGACUCUGAGCAUGAGGUCCGUCACAUUCUCCAUGAGAGAAUAAUGGAGGACGAGGCAAAUGAACUGACCAUCUCAGUCUAUGACACAGAGAGAAAUGAAAAAGCUAAGAAACACAGGGAAGAAGAGGCGCGGUUUGAGGCAGACCAACGGAGACGGCGAGCAGAGCUGGAGCUUGAUUACUUGGCGCCCUUCCUCGCCAGGAUUGGAGAACCUGAAACACUUACGAAACAGGAAACCCUUAAGCUACGGGAGGACUGCCUGUCAGACAUGAAACAAAGGCUGAUUGACAAGGCCAACCUGAUCCAGGGCCGCUUUGAGAAGGAGGCUCUAGACUUGCAGAAUAAGCAGCAAUGGUACCAGCAAAACCAGAUUUCGAUGACAAAAGAAGAUGAAGAGUCCUACCUGAUGUACUGCUCCCAGGCCAUGUUCCGCAUCCAUAUCCUCGAACUGCGUCUUAACAGGCACAAGGAGAAUGCUCCAUUGAUGUACUUAGCCCUGGAAGAUAAGCUUCGCAGGGACGUGCGUUUGGCCAAACUAUUAAGAAACUGUUGAACGAGUUCAGCCACACCUUAACUGCUUUACAGUUUUAGCAAAACUUUUCGACCUGAUGAGUAUACAUUCAAAAUGAAUAACAAAACAUUAUUAAUAUGUAGAUUGGAACAGUUUUGCAGCUUUGAAUUUUGUAUUUCUGUACACUGGAAUUUCAUAGCGUAAGUGUUGAAUGUUAGCUGCAAACUUUGCAUGAAUGCUGUCCAUAUGUCAAUUAUUUCUUGUUCAUUUCAACCUCCACAUAUUGCUGUCACCCAGACAAAAGUCAAUACGCAUGAUAUAUUGGUGGACUGGCACAAAGAAAUCCACACACAUUUCCCCUGUGACUAAAGGAAUGUCACCCAAUGGCAACAUUAGCAGGAUUUGGGUUAUUUUUCUUUCCUAAGCAAAUCGCACAAAUUCUAGAUUUAUUUUGUAUUUAUAAACAUUCCUUUCCUAUAAAUUAGUGCCUUUGGUAGUUUACAGAUCUGUUAUUCCUGUAAUAACCUUAUAAAAAUGUUUUGAGAGAUUUACAGUGUUGUACAUUUGUUUAGUCAUCAUGUUUUGGCCUCACAGCCACAAUGACAGAGCCAAAGUAUAACAGAGAAGUGAGGUAGGUCAGCAAGGCAGGAAUACCUGAACUCAGCUGCAGCUUGGUCUCGUUCCCAAGGCCUCUCAAGUGAAUAUGUGGAUUUAGAAGUGUUGAGUGAGUCUCAACUUGUAAUAUAAUUUAUAAUAAUCCGUGCACUCUCUCUAC